GUUAGAUAGAAUGUGUGUGAAUGCGCCAAUGCAUAAAUAUACUGUCCCGUUUGUUAAGUAGUUCAUAUAUAUUCUUUGUUGAUGCUACCAUUUUUUGUGUAUUUUAUGUGCUGUCAAUUUUUGGACAGACAUAACGUUUGCCUUAUUUGGAAAAGGUUAAAAAUCGGGAAAAAUUGAAUGUGGUUUGAGCACAGCUCGCUCACGGACAGUAGGACGUUGUCAUUUGAAAACGGAAGCCAUCUUGUGGCCGAGCCUCCCAUAUUAUACUGGGAAUAAUACUUCAGCGAUUAUUUGUUCCAAAAAAUUGCUCCGUUUUUUUUCCAUUACGUCUAGACUAUGCAUGAAUCAUUGUAUCACAUGUUUACAUAGCCAUGGCUGCGACGAGAAAGUUGCAAGGUGAAAUAGAUCGGUGCCUUAAAAAAGUGACAGAGGGUGUAGAAACCUUUGAAGAUAUUUGGCAAAAAGUUCAUAAUGCCACUAAUAGCAAUCAGAAGGAGAAAUAUGAGGCGGAUCUUAAAAAGGAAAUCAAAAAACUUCAGAGGUUACGCGAUCAGAUUAAAAGUUGGAUCGCAUCUGGUGAAAUUAAGGAUAAAAGCACACUUCUUGAUUACAGGAAGUUAAUUGAGACUCAAAUGGAAAGGUUUAAGGUUGUUGAAAGAGAAACAAAAACCAAGGCCUAUUCCAAGGAAGGCUUAGGUGCAGCGCAAAAACUUGAUCCAGCCCAGAAAGAAAGGGAAGAAGUUAGCAAUUGGCUUGCAAAUUCGAUAGAUGCUUUAAACCUUCAGCUGGAUACAUUUGAAUCAGAGAUAGAAUCAUUACUAGCAGGAAAGAAAAAAAGGUUAGAUAAAGAUAAACAGGAUAGAAUGGAUGAACUAAAAGCAAAACUUGAUAAGCAUCGUUACCAUAUCCGUAAAUUGGAGACAUUAUUGCGCAUGUUGGAUAAUAUGUCUGUUGAAGUUGAUACAAUCAAGAGGAUAAAAGACGACGUUGAAUAUUAUAUUGAAUCAUCUCAAGAGCCUGACUUUGAGGAAAACGAAUACAUUUAUGAUGAUAUUAUUGGUCUUGAUGAAGUAGAGUUGUCUGGGGUUGGUAUUCCCUCCGCGGCAACAACAGAUAGUAACAAUAGCAAUGAGACUGGAGGUACACCAACCUCGACUAACUCCGGUACUUCACCAAUACCUUCACCGCCAUUGAGUUCCACCAUGCACAACCAUUCAAGUGAUAGUUCCACAGAUAUAGAUAAAAAAACAAAGCCUGUAAAACCAACAGCAGUCAGGCCGUUAAUAAAUUCUCAAGCGAGCAUUCCAACCACGGGAAGCACUGCCACUAUAAAGUCGAAUUUGUUAUCAAGCAGCACUCCAAGCAAGACCAUUCCCAUGACAUCUAGCCAUAGCUCGCCUAGUUCCACUAGUAAUCAUAUUGCAACAACUAAUGCUGGAAAUUUUGCCACAGUAGCUGCUUCGCAUAGUAAUUCACAAGCCAUCCAUUCUACCUCUAGUAAAACAUCAUCUCAUAGCAGUGAAAACGGAUUAUUGUCAUCAUCGUCUACAUCCAGUGUUACUUCGAACGUGCAACAAUCGAUCUCGCAGCAACAUAACAAUCCAGCACCUGUUCAGACAACUCAUAUACUACAUAGUCAGCAAAGUCAAAAUCACAAUAGUGAAGCAGAAAUGACAACACCCAUCCCACCGUCUUCUUCGCCACAAUCUUCGGUUAGCACUAGGUCUUCGCCUCUGCCUGCGAAUUCAUGCUCGCCAGCGCCAUCGACUGCCAAUGGUCUCAUCCCUAAACUUCCUGAUGGCAUGUCCUCUCUAAAAUCUAUUGCCCAACAAGUCAUUGUCCGAGCAGGUCUGGAAAUACCACCGUCUGAGCCGAAUAGAAACAUCUUUGACAGUGCGAAGGCAAACAAUAGUAACAACGCCACUUCGGAAGCACACAUUCCACCUUUACUUGGCGUAGCACCACUGGGGCCGGUACCUUUGCAAAAGGAACACCAGUUACAGUUUCAAAUGAUGGAAGCUGCUUAUUAUCAUAUGCCUCAUCCUUCAGAUUCCGAACGUUUACGAUCGUAUUUGCCAAGAAAUUUGUGUCCUACGCCACCUUACUAUCAACAGGUACAGCUUCCUCAUUCGGAUACUGUAGAAUUCUUCCAACGUCUUUCUACGGAAACAUUGUUUUUUAUAUUUUAUUACAUGGAAGGUUCCAAGGGUCAAUAUUUGGCGGCGAAAGCUCUGAAAAAACAAAGUUGGAGGUUUCAUACAAAAUACAUGAUGUGGUUUCAAAGACACGAAGAGCCUAAGGUUAUUAAUGAAGAAUAUGAACAGGGAACCUACAUCUAUUUUGAUUAUGAAAAGUGGGGACAAAGAAAGAAAGAAGGCUUUACUUUUGAGUACAAGUACUUAGAGGACAGAGACCUGAAUUAACAGAUCUAUUAUUUGUGGAGUCUCUGAAAUGCACUAUUUCUGUACCGAUAUUAUCCAAAACUGAAAAGACAGAUUUUAUUUUUUACGAUUCUAUAUUUUCACAAAAUAUAAUUUUAUUUAUUGGUAAAGAGUAUCUCAGAAAAGUUAAGCAAAAAACAAAGAUACGAACUUGUGCAUAGCAGGCAAUGAAGGCACUUCAUUAUAUUUCGACGUUGCGAUGGUAAAUCUCCCCUAUUCCUUUUCGAGAAUGUAAACAAAAGUGAAGUAAUGGAGUACGUUUAUUGGGGACAGUAAAUUGUAAUUAUAAAUGAUAAUGGUAUGAAUGGCACCAGAGACACACUUUCAACAAUUUAGUGUGCAGGUGUGUGAUACAAGAGGAAGAAGUUAUACUCGCUGGCGACUGACUCCGUAAUACCAGUACAAACAUGCGCGCGGCCCAUCUGCCGUUUAGCGGUAAGAUGGAGGGCGCUCAUGCUAUGGUAUGUCUUAAUGUUAGAUUAUAAGUAGCCUUUUUGUAUAAAGUAUAUUGAGGUAUAAAACCCUUAAAUUGAAUUACUGUACAGAAUGUGUAGAAAUAGUGAAUAAUAAUAUUAUGGAAUAUA